CAACGGUCUUCAAAAUCGCCCUCAUACAACGACGAUGGCGGCAAAGGGGUUCCAGAGCUUCUCGAGAAGCUUGAAUUCCCUGAGCUCAUUUAUCUCAAGUAGCUCAAGGGAUCCGCUGACGCGAUGUCUUGCACCCCGACUUACGAGGUCAAUGGCAACAGAGGCACCAUUGCCGUCAGAGCCAGCUUCAGGGACUUCCAACAACCUCAUCUAUGAUAUCCCCAGCUAUGCUACCGACCUGCCAGUGACAUCCAGCGUGCUCACAACCAUCUACAAAUUCCCUACCAUGGAACCACUGCGCUUCGAAUCCUACGACAGCAAACAUCUCCAUCUCCCUCUCCGCCGGGACAUCCUUCACCGCGCCGUUGUCUUCGAGGGUGAUGCCACCCGCCAAGGUACAGCCAGCUCAAAGACGCGAUGGGAAGUGCACGGCUCCCACCGCAAAAUCCGACCACAGAAGGGAGGUGGUAGAGCACGUCUAGGCACGAGGCAGUCACCCAUGCUCAAGGGAGGUGGUAAAUCCUUUGGACCGCACCCGCGGGAUUUCUCUACGGAUCUGCCGAGAAAGAUGUACGAUCUGGCGUGGAGGACGGCGCUCAGCUACAGGUACAGGAAAGGGGAGUUGAUUAUCUGCGAGGAUGGGAUGGAUAUCGAGUAUCCUAAGACCCGGUACGCGAAGCAGAUCUUUGCUCACAACCACUGGGGGAAGGAUUACGGGCGGUCCUUGAUCAUCACGGGGAGCUUCCGAAAGAACCUGUUCCGUGCAGUGAGGCAUGCGGGCGAAGAUGGCAGGAUUCAGAUGGUGAGAGAUGUUGAUGUCAAGGACUUGCUUGAAUUGGGGAGGGUGGUGAUUGAGAAGAGGGCGUUGGAUGAGAUAUUGGCAGAGCACCAGAGCGAUUUAGUGGCCAAGGUUAGAAGCGCGGUAUAG